AUGACAAAACAUAACGAAUUGGGGGAGCUCCCUCCCUCCCUCCCUCCCUCCCUCCCUCCCUCCCUCCCUCCCUCCCUCCCUCCCUCCCUCCCUCCCUCCCUCCCUCCCUCCCUCCCUCCCUCCCUCCCUACCUCCCUCCGUCCAUCCCUACCUCCCUCCCUCCCUACCUCCCUCCGUCCAUCCCUCCCUCCCUCCCUCCCUCCCUCCCUCCCUCCCUCCCUACCCCCCUCCCCCCCUCCCUCCCUCCCUCCCUCCCUCCCUCCCUCCCUCCCUCCCUCCCUCCCUCCCUCCCUCCCUCCACUCCCCCCCUCCCUCCUUCCACUCCCUCCCUCCCUCGUUCGACUCUCCCUACCCCCAGCGCUGCGCAUGGAGAUUCAGAGAGACAUUCGGGCGGGGCUGACAGCCAUAGAGGAGAGGGAGGCGGCCCUCAUAGCAGCUGAUGCUGGCCCACAUGAGCACGGGGAUGGGGAUUGUGAUGGGGAUGGGGAUGGCGAGGGGGAUGGGGAAGACGAUGCUGCUAGCGACGGUGAUGCUGACGAUGACGAGAGUGAUGAAGCUGAUGUGCCUGAUGAUGGUGGGGCUGCUGUGCCCCCUAAUGCCCUCUCUCCUGCCACGGGUGCUCCUGAUGCUGUGCUGGGUAGUGAGCAGCAGGAGCGAAGCAGAGGAGGGGGUGGAGAAGGAGGGGAAACGGGGGACGUGGGAGAUGCUGGUAGGAUGAAGUCUGAGGCUGGGGAGGAGAGUUUGAAGCAAGGAAGGAGCACAGCACAAGAGGGUAUGGCUGCUCUUGCACCAGGUGGCACACCAGCAGGCAAGGCACAGCAGCAGCAGCAGCAGCAGCAGGAGGAGGAGGUGGAAAGCAAGGAUGAGGCUGCUGCAGUGGUAAAGGCCGAGCCUGUUGCUCGAGUGAAGGCGGAGGGGUGGCUGGAAGAGGAGGUGGCAUCGGUGCUGCAGCAGAUGGCAAAGCAGGAGGGGCUGGAGGGGAGGAGGCAGGUGCAGGCGGAGCAGUUACUCAAGACUGCAGUGCAUGAUGAUGCUCAUGGUGGUGCUGCUGGCAGUGAGAGCGAGGGUGCUGCUGCUGCUGGGGGCGAGGAGGCAGGGGUAGCGAAGGGUGAAGAGAGUGAUGCUGGGAGCAGCAGCAGCAACAGCAGCAAGGCAGCAGAGGCACCGAAGAGAAACCGGCCUGUUAGAGUGGAGUAG